AUGGACUUAGCUUCCAAGAAGAACACAGCUAACGUCGCCUCCAAGGAGGCUGACCCAGCCCUUAAACCUAAGUCACCUCGCGCAAACCAUACACAAGUUUCUCCGUUUUCGCUUAAGCUCGGAGACAAUGUUCCAAGGAACCCUCAUUUCGAUCCCAAGAAGAUGGAUCCUCUCGUCAGACAUCCGUCAAAGUCUCCGGAACCUCCCUCCGCAACUAGAGCGAAUAAAGACGGUGAUUUAAAACACAACACCUAUUUUAGCGAUGGUGAUAGCUUAGCAAUGAGGAGGAACGCUCCCAAAAGUCUUCAUUAUGAUCCCAAGAAGAUUGUUCCUUUAACCACGCCUGAAAUACUGUCCCCAAACUCCAAAACUCAUCACCAAUAUAAAGCAAAGUCCCCUGACAGCAAGAGAGCCCCUAGACAUAAUGGGGACCAUGCCUAUGGUGAUAGCUUGGUGGGGCCAUCAACUACACCUUUCAAGCCUCACACGGGAGGGGACGUGAGGUGGGACGCCAUUAACUCAGUCACUUCCAGAGGCCCUCAAAUAGGUCUUGACAACUUUAGGCUUCUGAAGCGUCUAGGGUACGGGGACAUAGGCAGCGUUUAUCUCGCUGACCUUCGAGGGACGAAUGCCGUUUUCGCGAUGAAGGUGAUGGAUAAGGCCUCGUUGGCCAGCAGAAACAAGUUACUGAGGGCUCAGACGGAAAGAGAGAUUCUGUCCUUGCUUGAUCACCCCUUCUUGCCCACGCUCUAUUCUUACUUUGAGACCGAGAAGUUCUACUGUCUGGUCAUGGAGUUCUGCAGCGGCGGGAAUCUCCAUUCUCUCAGACAGAAACAGCCCCACAGGCGUUUCACAGAAGAGGCCGCGAGCGGAGGAGGUGCUAUCCUCAACGAGGAGUUUGCAGUCAACGGCUGUAUGCAUCCAUCCGCCUUUCUCCCACGUCUCCUCCCUUCCAAGAAAACCAGGAAAGCCAAAUCGGACUCUGGUUUAGGCGGCCUCUCCAUGCCGGAGCUCAUGGCGGAGCCAACAGAUGUGCGGUCAAUGUCAUUUGUGGGCACACACGAGUACUUGGCUCCGGAAAUCAUACGUGGAGAGGGACAUGGAAGUGCCGUGGACUGGUGGACAUUUGGGAUCUUCCUCUACGAGCUCCUACAUGGGACAACGCCGUUCAAGGGGCAAGGGAACAGAGCCACGCUGCACAACGUGGUGGGUCAGCCGCUAAAGUUCCCGGAUACCCCGCAUGUGAGCUCGGCGGCGCGUGAUCUCAUCCGUGGUCUUCUAGUGAAGGAUCCUCACAGGAGGAUCGCUUACACGCGGGGAGCCACGGAGAUAAAGCAGCACCCUUUCUUUGAAGGUGUGAAUUGGGCUCUGGUGCGUAGCGCUUUGCCGCCUCACAUUCCUGAUCCUGUUGACUUGGGACCGUUCCAGGCGGCGAGAGGGAAGACCAAGGGACAUGGAGUUAGUGAUCACUGUAACUCAAUCAAGCCUGAGGCUCAGGUCACUUGUGCUGCUGGUCCAACCGAUGAUACGGCUUAUAUAGAUUUCGAGUACUUUUAG